CCGUUGGCUCACGACUCUGUGCAGCUCGCCCCUUCGUUCAUUUCCCUUCACCUUGCUGCAGCUUGCAGCCCCUUUUCUGUUCCCUUCUGGCUUCUUCCUCGUGCUCGUGCAGGUGCUGAUUCUGAACUUUGGAGGCAGCAGAAUUGCAGAAGAGAAGAACAGAGCAGAGAGAGAAGAAGGGAGAGAUGAGGGAGAUAAUAAGCAUCCACAUAGGGCAGGCGGGCAUCCAGGUGGGGAAUUCCUGCUGGGAGCUCUACUGCCUCGAGCAUGGCAUCCAGCCCGACGGCCUCAUGCCCAGUGAUACCUCUGUUGGGGUCGCCAAGGACGCAUUCAACACGUUCUUCAGUGAAACGGGUUCAGGGAAGCACGUUCCAAGGGCCUUGUUCGUCGACCUGGAGCCCACUGUCAUUGACGAAGUGAAGACGGGGUUAUACCGCCAGCUCUUCCACCCAGAGCAGCUCAUCUCCCACAAUGAAGACGCCGCUAACAACUUUGCCCGUGGACAUUACACAGUUGGAAGAGAAGUAGUGGAUCUUUGCCUUGAUCGGAUAAGAAAAUUGGCAGACAACUGCACUGGUCUCCAAGGUUUCUUGGUUUUCAAUGCUGUUGGUGGUGGAACUGGCUCGGGGCUUGGUUCAUUGCUACUGGAGCGGCUAUCAGUAGAUUAUGGCAGGAAAUCGAAGCUCGGUUUCACCAUCUAUCCUUCACCACAAAUUUCAACUGCCGUGGUGGAGCCUUACAACAGCGUGCUGUCGACCCACUCGCUGAUCGAGCACACGGACGUGGUGGUGCUCCUGGACAACGAGGCCAUCUACGACAUCUGCAAGCGGUCCCUGGACAUCGAGCGGCCGACGUACACCAACCUCAACAGGCUGAUCUCCCAGGUGAUAUCGUCCCUGACCACCUCGCUGCGGUUCGACGGCGCCAUCAACGUGGACAUCACCGAGUUCCAGACCAACCUGGUGCCGUACCCGAGGAUCCACUUCAUGCUCUCCUCCUACGCCCCCAUCAUCUCCGUGGAGAAGGCCUUCCACGAGCAGCACUCCGUCCCGGAGAUCACCAACGCCGUCUUCGAGCCGUCCAGCGUCAUGGCCAAGUGCGACCCGAGGCACGGCAAGUACAUGGCCUGCUGCCUCAUGUACCGCGGCGACGUCGUCCCCAAGGACGUCAACUCCGCCGUCCACUCCAUCAAGACCAAGAGGGCCGUGCAGUUCGUCGACUGGUGUCCUACUGGCUUCAAGUGCGGGAUAAACUACCAGCCGCCGACGGUGGUACCGGGAGGGGACCUGGCCAAGGUGCAGCGCGCGGUGUGCAUGAUCAGCAACAACACGGCCGUGGCCGAGGUCUUCUCGCGCAUCGACCGCAAGUUCGACCUCAUGUACGCCAAGCGAGCCUUCGUGCACUGGUACGUCGGCGAAGGGAUGGAGGAAGGGGAGUUCUCCGAGGCCAGGGAGGAUCUGGCCGCGCUCGAGAAGGACUACGAGGAGGUCGGAGCCGAGGGCGAAGACGACGAGGACCAAGGCGACGAGUAUUGAUCAACUGAGUUCUCCCGCCGGAGACAGAUGACACUUUCGUUCGUGUGGGGAGUCACGCAGCCAGUCGAUCCAUGUAUCAGGCGUGCUUAAUUGGGUGGCAAUUGUUGAUUUGUUGUACACUACCUGCCGUUGUUGCUCUCGAUCUCUGUCCCCGUUUGAUGUCUCAUUUGUGCUGUUCAGUGUAAAAAAAAGUCUGAUUGGCACAUAAGUUCUGAUGGUUCGGUGCCACAGAUGACGGGGAGUUUGUAUAUGCCAACUUUGUCCAAAGAUUGUAUCCGUAUAUCAAAUAAAAACAAUGGAAGAUUUUAUUUAGAAACA